CGUAGUUUGGUUGCGUCUUGGCGUGUUUAAUGUUGCCAAUAACGAGAGAUUUUUUUUUUUUUUGAAGGCGAGUACAGGUCGUGCUGCAAUUAGUUCAUUGAAAACUCAGUUGCUUUCGGAGGCGCCAGGCAGUGGCUGCUUUCGCCUUUUUUUUUUUUCUUGCUAUUACGAUCUCCUAUAGGGAGCUGCAACAAUGCCCAAAAGAAAGGCUGCAGGUCAAGAUGAUAUGAAGAAAGAGCCAAAGAGAAGAUCAGCUAGACUUUCUGCUUUGCCUGUGCCUGAUAUACCAGAACUGAAACCUAAAAGAACAUCUUCUCUAAGGAAAAUGAUGACUAAAAAUGAUGAGAUGGAAGAAAACACUAAUACAAAUACCAGAAUGAUGUCUGAAAGCGAUCAAGAAGAAUUUGCCAAGGAAGCACCCAACACAGAAAAUUCUGAGAACGGAGAAGCCAAAAUUAUUGAGCGACCUGUUGCUGAAAAAGGAGCUGAAGAAAUCAAAGUAGAAAAAAAUGAAAAUAUUGAAGAAGUGGAAGGAGAAAAGAAAGAAAAUGAAAAAGAUCAAAAUAAACAAGAUAAACCACAAGAUGGAAAAGGGGACAAAGAAGACAAGAAGGAAGAUGUAAACAAGGAUAGUUAUGGAGAUGAGGAAGAAUCUGGGGAAAAGGUAGAAAAACUGAAACAGAAGGGAGAUGAUAAAGAAGGUGGAAAUGCAAAAGAGAAACAAGAUGGUAGAAAAGAGUCUGGAGGAAAUGGUAGAGAUGGAAGUAAGUAUGGAGACAGAGAAAAAGAGGGUGGAGAUGAGGGAAAGGAUGGAGAUGGAAAAGAAGACAGUGAUGAGGAAAAGGAUGGAGACGAAGAAGAAGAUGGUGAUGAAAAGGAUGCAGUUGAAGUGGACGAUGAUGGGGUAAAAGAUGGAAAUGGAGAAAAGGAUGGUAAUGGGGAAGAAGAUGGAGAUGGAGGAGAGGACAUUGAUGGGGCAAAGGAUGAGGAUGAAGAAGAUGGUUAUGGGGAAAAGGAUGGAGAUGAAGAUAAAGGAGAUAAGGGGAAGGAUGGAGAUGGGGAAAGUAAUGUAGAUGAGGGAAAGGAUGGAAAUGGAAAUGAUGAAGGAGAUAAAGAAAAAAAUGAACAAGAAGAGGAAGACAGAAAGGAAAAUGAAGGUGAAAGUGAGAAAGAAAGUGGAAAACAGAAGGAAGAAGAAAAAGAAAAAGAGGAUGAGAAAGAGGAAGAUGAUAAGGAAGAUGAAGGAGAUGAAAAGGAAGUUCAAAACAAACCUGAAGUUGGAAAAGAAGCUGAAAAUGAAGACAAAUCUCAGAGUAUUGUUUAAGCUGCCCUAUAUAAUUUCAUAAUUUGAUAACAUACCUUCAUGUUUUAAUGUUAAUAGAGAUAAAUAUUUUUAUCAAAUAUUUUAUAAACGCUGCUUUUUCUUUAGUAUCAUUUAAUUUUGAAACAUUGUUAUACAGAUCAUUAGUCACAAAAUGCCUAACUUGACAUCUUUAUAAAACUUCUGAUGGUUGUAGUGGAUGCAUAAGAGAUGCUUUCAUCUUUGUCAAUGAAUUCCUUUUCUAUAAGUUAUGCGCUAAAUCUUUCUUUUUUAAUUUUAUUCCUAUAUAGAGAAUAAUUUCACAAAGUAGGGAGAUUCCAAAAGAAAGUUUCAUUCAGCCUUCUUGUGGUUCUCUAGGUGGCUUUUGUAAAGAAGGUGGACUAUUUUCAUGUAUUGCUAAGAAUUAGAAUCACCUUUCCCAAAUAUAACUUUGUUGGUAGUUGCGGAAAGUAUAAAGUUGUAAUUUCAUUUUUCAAAGAAGUGCAAAUGUUUAUUUGAAAAGGGCAGUUUCAAUGAUAUGUGUAUGCGUAAAAUUACUGGAUUUAUCUUAAUAAAAAGACUCUUCACA